AUGGGCACAGCUGAACCGACAGACUGGCUUAUAGAUACAGCUGUACCGACAGACUUGCGUACGGACACAACUGAACCGAUGGACUUGCGUAUGGGCACAAAUGAACCGAUAGACUUGCGUAUAGACACAGCUGAACCGACAGACUUGCGUAUGAACACAGCUGAACCGACAGACUUGCGUAUGGACAUAGCUGAACCAAUAGACGGGCUUAUAGACACAGCUGUUCCGACAGACUGGCGUAUGGGCACAACUGUACCGACAUACUGGCGUAUGGGCACAACUAUACCGACAUACUUGCGUAUGGACACAACUGAACCGACAGACUGGCGUAUGGACACAGCUGAACUGACAUACUGCAGUAUGGACACAGCUGUACCAACAUACGGGAGUAUGGACACAGCUGAACCGACAUAG